AUGGCCAGCAGGCCGCCAGGUGGACCGCCUCAUAGCGACAAUCUCAUUGACUUUGACGACCACCAGCCCGCAUACAAUUCGGGCGCACCGCCCCCCACCGGCGACCACAACCUCCUGCACCGCUACGACAUUGACGCUUCAGACGCCCCGCCACAAGGCCGGCCCUCGGUCUCGUAUGAUGACUUUACCUCGGACCUGAACAACUACCAGCGCUACUCUGAUGCCGACAUCCCCCACGACGACGACGCCUCGGCACAGGGCUACUACGCCUCCGGGGGCGCAUACGACCAGGCCUCGCCAGGCGUCACCCGCGGCGGCUCCAAGAACGCCCACAACAGGAACAGCAUCCUCAGCCUCGGCGGCGGCCUGACCGGACGUGUCAAGAACAUGCUGGGCCGCGGCUCAGAGUACUCAGAAAUGGACAUGCCCUUGACCGAGAACGCCGCCCACCCGCAGCAGCCCGGCGCAAACGAGCCCGCCAGCGCCUACGAUGACGGCGCACCCGACCCUUCGACCCUCGGCCCCCGCAUCAUCCACCUCAAUAACCCGCCCGCAAACUCGGCCAACAAGUACGUCGACAACCACAUCUCGACGUCCAAGUACAACGUUGUCACCUUCCUGCCAAAGUUUUUGUAUGAGCAGUUUUCCAAAUACGCCAAUCUCUUCUUCUUGUUUACCGCCAUCCUCCAACAGAUUCCUGGCAUCUCGCCCACCUCGCGAUUCACCACAAUCGUCCCGCUCUGCAUUGUUUUAUUCGUAUCCGCCGUCAAGGAAUACAUUGAAGACUACCGGCGGAAACAGUCUGAUUCGGAACUCAACAACUCAAAGGCUCAAGUUCUGAAGGGUUCUACCUUUGUAGACACCAAGUGGGUCAAUGUCGCAGUGGGAGAUAUUGUGCGCGUUGAAUCCGAGCAGCCCUUUCCUACCGAUCUCGUCCUUCUCGCAUCUUCCGAGCCCGAGGGUCUUUGCUACAUCGAAACUGCCAACCUGGACGGCGAGACAAACCUCAAGAUCAAGCAGGCUAUUCCCGAGACUGCCGACUUUGUCAGUCCGGCAGAACUCGCAAGACUAGGCGGCAGAAUCCGAUCCGAACAACCCAACAGCAGUCUCUACACCUACGAAGCCACCUUGACCAUUGCCGCAGGCGGAGGAGAGAAGGAGCUGCCUUUGGCACCCGAUCAGCUACUGCUGCGUGGCGCUACGUUGCGAAAUACACCCUGGAUUCAUGGCGUGGUCGUCUUUACCGGACAUGAAACGAAGCUCAUGAGGAACGCUACGGCUACGCCUAUCAAGACCACGGCCGUAGAGAGGAUGGUCAACAGGCAAAUUCUUAUGCUGGUGAUAAUCCUCAUCUGUCUUAGCAUCAUUAGUUCCAUCGGCGAUGUCAUCAUACAAUCUACUCGGGGAGGUAACCUCACCUACCUCUAUCUCCCUGGUUUCAACGGUGCCAAGCAGUUCUUCCGUGACCUGCUGACCUACUGGGUCCUGUACUCCAACUUGGUUCCCAUCUCGCUCUUCGUAACAAUCGAAAUCGUAAAGUACUACACUGGAAGUCUGAUCGACUCUGACCUCGACAUCUACUACGAACCAACCGACACACCUGCCAAAUGCCGAACUUCGUCUCUCGUCGAAGAACUCGGCCAGAUCGAGUACAUCUUUUCUGACAAGACAGGGACAUUGACAUGUAACAUGAUGGAGUUCAAGCAGUCUACCAUUGCCGGUAUUCAGUAUGCCGAUGAGAUUCCCGAAGACCGACGUGCGACAAUGGAAGACGGGGUUGAGGUUGGGAUUCACGACUUCAAGCAGCUCGAGCAGAACCGACAAUCGCAUCACAACAAGCACAUCAUUGACCAGUUCCUCACCCUUCUUGCGACAUGCCAUACCGUCAUUCCCGAAAUGAAAGGGGAAAAAGGCGCCAUCAAGUACCAAGCUGCCUCUCCUGAUGAGGGUGCUUUGGUUGAAGGCGCCGUGACUCUGGGUUACAGGUUCAUUGCACGAAAACCGCGCGCUGUCAUUAUCGAGGUCGACGGCCGUCAACUGGAGUACGAACUCUUGGCUGUCUGUGAAUUCAACUCGACAAGAAAGAGAAUGUCUACCAUCUUCCGCACGCCCCAAGGCAAGAUUGUAUGCUUUACCAAGGGUGCCGAUACUGUCAUCUUGGAGAGACUUUCAAAGGACAAUCCGUAUGUGGAGGCGACGCUGACACAUCUGGAAGAAUACGCAUCCGAGGGUCUCCGCACUCUCUGUCUGGCCAUGCGUGAGAUUCCAGAGGACGAAUUCCAAGAAUGGUGGUCGAUUUUCAACACUGCGCAGACAACCGUCAGUGGCAACCGUGCCGAAGAGCUGGACAAGGCCGCCGAACUCAUUGAACAUGACAUGACUCUUCUAGGAGCAACUGCUAUCGAGGACAAGCUGCAAGACGGUGUACCAGACACCAUUGCGACUUUGCAAUCCGCCGGCAUCAAGGUCUGGGUCCUGACUGGCGAUCGCCAAGAGACUGCCAUUAACAUCGGCAUGAGCUGCAAGCUGAUUAGCGAGGACAUGAGUCUUCUGAUCAUCAACGAGGAAAACAAGGAAGCCACGCGAGACAACAUCCGCAAAAAGUACCAAGCCAUUACUAGUCAGAGUCAAGGCGGGGCCGAAAUGGAUGUCCUCGCUCUGGUCAUUGACGGCAAAUCACUCACCUACGCCCUUGAACGCGAUCUCGAAAAGGAAUUCCUGGAUCUCGCCGUCAGAUGCAAGGCUGUCAUCUGCUGCCGUGUCUCUCCCCUCCAAAAGGCUCUCGUCGUCAAGCUCGUCAAGCGCCAUCUCAAGUCGAUUCUGUUGGCCAUUGGUGAUGGAGCUAACGACGUUUCUAUGAUCCAGGCAGCCCACGUUGGUGUUGGUAUCAGCGGUGUCGAAGGUCUCCAGGCAGCUCGUAGUGCAGAUAUUGCCAUUGGUCAAUUCCGCUACCUCCGCAAGCUUCUGCUCGUCCACGGUGCAUGGAGUUACCAGCGUGUCAGCAAGGUCAUUCUAUACUCUUUCUACAAGAACAUUGCCAUGUUCAUGACACAGUUCUGGUACUCUUUCCAAAACGGCUUUUCCGGACAGAUCAUCUACGAGUCGUGGACCCUUACCUUCUACAACGUCUUCUUCACCGCAGCGCCGCCUUUUGUGCUUGGUAUUUUUGACCAGUUUGUGAGUGCAAGAUUGUUGGACCGAUACCCGCAACUCUACCGCCUUAGUCAGUCGGGUGUGUUCUUCAGGAUGCACUCGUUCUGGUCUUGGGUCGGCAACGGCUUCUACCACUCGCUCAUUCUCUACUUUGGCGCCCAGGCCUUCACCAUCCGGGACUGGCCGCAGUGGGAUGGCCGCAAUGCCGGUCAUUGGGUCUGGGGUACGGCAGCUUACACUGCUAAUCUUGCAACUGUGCUACUCAAAGCCUCGCUCAUUACCAACAUCUGGACAAAGUACACUGUGCUGGCUAUCCCAGGUUCGAUGCUUCUCUGGUUCAUCCUUAUGCCCAUCUAUGCCAUUGUAGCGCCCAAGGCCGGCAUCUCGCACGAGUUUGUUGGUGUCAUUGAGCGACUCUUCCCCGACCCGCGAUUCUGGGCCAUGCUGGUGGUACUACCGCCGCUUUGCUUGAUCCGAGACUUUGCGUGGAAGUACGCAAAGAGGAUGUACUUUCCGCAGAGCUACCACCACGUUCAAGAAAUUCAAAAGUACAACAUUCAGGAUUAUCGACCACGAAUGGAACAGUUUCAGAAAGCCAUCCGAAAGGUACGACAGGUACAGCGUAUGCGCAAACAGCGAGGCUAUGCAUUCUCGCAGACGGACGAGUCGCAGGCGAGGGUCCUACAAGCAUACGAUACGACACAACAGAGAGGAAGAUAUGGAGAGAUGGCGAGUUCGCGGAAAUAG